UUACUUGAGCUGACAGUGUAACAUGAGUAUUAUUCUGUUUUUGUAUCAUUUUAAAAUUAAUUUAGAUGCAUGUACAGUGGCUCCAAAAUGUAUUUUGACAAUUUAAGCAAUUCUUAAAAAUGUCUGAAUGUCAUUGCAUUAAAUGACAAGGUUUCAAACCAUGUGGCAUUUCUUUUAACAAAAUAAUAAUAAUAAUAAUAAAUAAAAGCACAUAUUUCAAUAAGUAUUUCACAAAAAGUAGUUCAAAAUGAAUACAAAAAAUAACUGGACACUUUCCCCCGGUUUCACAGAUAAGGCUUAAAGGGUUAGUUCACCCAAAAAUGAAAAUCCUGUCAUUAAUUAUUCACCCUCAUGUCGUUCCAAACCUGUAAGACCUUCGUUCAUCUUCGGAACACAAAUUGAGAUAUUUUUGAUGAAAUCCGAGAGCUUUCUGACUCCUCCAUAGACAGCCAUUUAACCACCACUUUCAAGGUCCAGAAAGGUACUAAAGGCAUCGUUAAAAUAGUCCAUGUGACUGCAGUGGUUCAACCUUAAUUUUAUUAAGUGAUGAGAAUACUUUUUGUGUGCAAAAACAAAACAAAAAUAACGGCUUUAUUCAAUAUCUUCUCUUCUGUGUCAUUCUCCUACGCUGUUUACAUCCAGCGCUUCCAGGUUCUACGUCAGAACACUGACUCAUUAUUUUAACGAUGUCUUUAAAGGGGGGUAUCACACACAGUUUCUGCCAAUCUUGAGUACAUAUAGAGUAACAAUGCAUCCUUCAUAUCUCCAAAAAAUGUCUUUAGUUUUGUCAUAUUUAUAAAAGAUAGAUACGCUAAACCGAGUCUUUUUCCGAAAAAAGCAGAGAUCCUGGAGGCGUGUCUGCCGUCAGUACUGUGGCACAAAUGAUCGCAUCACAAGUGCUUCCACCAGCAUUCAACUUACGGAAAGCCGCGUUCGUUCUGUAAGUUGAAUAGGGAAGGGGUAGGACAUACAGCGUAAGCUUUUUGAAGAAUACGGAAUCGCGUUCUGGUGAAAGCACUUGUGAUGCGAUCAUUUGUGCCUAUAAAGCAUAUACAUUUUGAUUUUUUUUAGAAAAUGACCGAUCGUUUCGCUAGAUAAGACCCUUAUUCCUCGUCUGGUAUCGUUUAAAGCCCUUUGAAGCUGCACUGAAACUGUAAUUUUGACCUUCAACCGUUUGGAGGCCAUUGAAGUCCACUAUAGACCUUAUGUAGCCCCGCCCCUUUUCAGCGCUGCGCUCGUUGUCUUUUGUCUUCCGGUUUCUAUUUCCACAGCGAACUUACGUAUUAAUGAAUGAACUGCUCGUUUUAAAAUCUUCCCGGUCGACUGACAUUUGUUAAGACAUCUGCUUUAAACAUUACAAUGCUCAAGGUAACUUUCAUUAACUCUACAAGAAGUAAAUCCACUUCACCAGCUAAUUAUUCUUUGACAGCGAUGCCAUAGAAAUAUACAGAGCUACCGCGAAAACGGAAGUUCAAAGACAAUAUUAUAAAGAUGGCGGCGCGCUUGUUUCUCUGGCGCAUAAGGUCUAUAAGGAGAAUAAUCCUGGAAUGUUUUCAUCAAAAUUAUGAAAUCUUAAUUUCUUUUCGACUGAAGAAGGACAUGGACAUCUUGGAUGACAUGGGGGUGAGUAAAUUAUCAGGAAAUUUUUAUUUGAAAGUGAACUAAUCCUUUAAUCUAAGCCCUGUCUGUGAAACCAGACCUAAAUGGUUGUCAAGCUUAAGUGGAACAUGUCCAUAGUUAAUGUGAUGUACGACACUUGUGAUUAGUUAGUUUUAAAGUUUGAUAUUUUGUGACAUUCAGUAACAAUUAAACAUUUAUAAAUAAUUUGUAUGCAAAUACUUAAGCCAUUGUAUAUUUCGAUGCAAUUCAUUUUAUUUUGAAGGUAUCUUUAGCAGCCUGCAUUUCUAAUGCCUCUACGGCACAGGAACCAACCACCUGUUGCAGCCAAACAAAAUCAUCCCAGGUCUUGAAGCAACAUCAUAAAACCCAGUUAAGGAUGCUGUCACAGAGAUGGCAGAGGCUUGGUCUUCAGCCUCCAAUCCUCUGGGACACACAAGACCACAUUUCUGAGCAUAGACCUGAGGCAGAAUCCAGACCAACACUGGAAAUUCACUCCAUACAGGUCAGCUGCAUUGUUUCUUCAAGAGACGAAGGACCAGAUGAGAUCAAGACAAUCAGCAAUUCCCUUAGUAGCAGUUGCAACAAUGAACCUCUUGAAGUAAAUGCAGCUAAACAGUCCUCCAGCCAGGUGUCAGCUGAGUCUGAAAACAGUGAACUCUCUGACCAAGAGAAAGACAAUAUUCCUAUACUAAAAUGGGAAACUCCUGUAGAAUUGGACCUGAGGCCAGACUCUUUUGAUAGAGAUCUAGAAUCUACAGAGACUGGAGAAGGAGAGCAAGUGUAUCCUGAGGUUCUUCCAUUUCCUCUCAAAGAUCUCGACUUUAGUCAGUUGUUAUCCAGAGCGGAUGAUUUGGAGAGCCAGCACAACCUUUGUUUAACCGACCCUUGUCUUGCAGCUAUGGCGGCACGCAUGAUACAGAUGGAGAAACUUCAGACUGCGACUAUACAGAAAGAACAAGGAAAGGCAGCCAGAUCUCGUCCAGCAACUGCUUUGGUACGAAGCGCCAAUCGUCUAAGGCAGGCGGAAAGCCCUUGUUCUCAGGCAGAACAGUUGAGGAACAAAGCCAGUAAUUCAAUUUUAGAUGAUGUAACAAAACUCACACUUUCUUCAAGCUCUCAUUCAAAGUCUAUGCAUCGUAAUAAUCGGCCCUCGCCAAAUGCUGGGAAGGUGUGGAUUAGAUUUCAGCAACCACCGGCUUUAUCUAAGAAGCCACAUUCUGGUGCGGUCCAAUUAAAGAAGACUGAAGUGCGUGUUCAUGAUCUUAAUGCUCAUUCGAGUAUGUCACCAAAAUGCAAUAGUCCAAAUAGCUUUAAGAGACACAAACCCACAAAGAAAGCCAUGCCAAAGCCUCAGAAGACUUCCUCUGAAAAGACUAGUGUUCCUGUUAAAGCUCCUUGUAUGAAAACAUGAUAUAAUUAUUUUUAAAGGGUUUUAAGCUUGAAGAUUGACAGUGUGUUAUUAUCUGUGUGCAUGUCACUGUAUUUAAUGUUCCAAAUUCAAUACAAGUUGAGCUCCACCAACAACAUUUGUGGCUUGCUGUCAGUUACCACAGAAAAAUUAACUUUGAAUUGUCCCUCAGUUUUGAGGGGAAAAACAUUCUUGUACGCAGUAACUUAGAAAAUUUUUUCAGUAGCUUUUUGUUUUAUUUUUAGAAUGUUGGCUGCUUUCCAUUGAUACAGACAAAAGAUAAUGGACAUGCGCUAACCACAACCAGCAGAAUUAACCUCUACAAUGUUAUCAAUAUAUCAAAAUGCUAUGUAAAAAUGAAAUGAAACUAGACAAGGAAAGUCAUUUUAAAAUUCACUAUUUAUUAACACAUUGACAUGUUUCUAUAAAAUGUGAAAUAUUGGCUGUAUAAUGUGACACAAAACGAACACAUUGUUUUGCUGUGCACGGAUGUAGGUAAUUUCCCCCAUGAGUGGAUGAGGAGAUGAGCCCUUGAAAGGCACUUCAAUAAUAGAGUAGGACAGCAGCUGGCCGUCAGGAUCUCUCUCACACACUUGAAGUCACAUGUGGUCAUGAUAGUAGGGAAAACUUUAACACUUACCCUGAAAAUAGAAUUGAAAAUGGUUAGUUGUGGUUUAAAGUAAAGGUUACUUUAGUGGGUGACAUGCAAACAUGUAUUUCAUAAAAAAGAAAAGCAUUACCUUUUGGUUGAUAAAUUUAGAAUGUGUAAUAUCAAAUUAAAACUAUUAUGUUUGUUGAACUGAUAA